GUUCCGCAAAACACCUGAUUGUCUCCUCCAGGCCACGUCAUCAGAACCGCACGAACUGUAGUUGUCUCUAAAACCCUAAACCCUUUGCCUCCUUGGCUCCUUCACAAUCUUUACUCUAACUCAAGCCAACUAGGGUUUGGCACCGGUCCAAUUUUUUUCUUUGUUUUUUUGGGGUCUAAUUUUGAUUCAACAUUUUCAUCAUACGAUCUCAAUCAUGGGUUCAGCACUGAUUGAAACAAACCCUUCAACAUCGCCAAAUUUGAAACCCCUUUUGGGCGAAAACUACGAGCUCAUCCUAAACCAAUCAAUGCGGAACCUUUUAGAUGAAUUUCACAAAGGGACGUCCGAUUUUUCUCACUUUGUUCCAGUUUUCUUUGAAUUAAUGCAAGCUAGGGUUGACCCACGUCUGGAAUCGAUCUGGGUUUACACCGCAUUGAGCUUUCGUAGCCGUACUUCAGCAAAAGGCGACAUUUUGAAUCGAGUUGCGGUUGUGAAGGAUUUAUUUCAAUUGUUGUCGGCUUGUUCGGGUUCAUCUAGUUCUUCGAAGAGCAUUGCUCUGCUGGCUCCGGUUGUAUUUGAGGUUUAUAGAUUGCUUUUUGAUUUAUCAGGGAAAGAAUUGUCUUCGAAGAGAGAUAAGAAAGUGGUAAAAGAGAUUGGGUCUUUAAUUGAAGUUAUUCUCGGUUAUAUUAGCGUGUGUUCCUCAGGUGGUUCCAAUGAGGAUAAUGGUUUGGAUGGUUCGAUUAAGUGUUUGGAUGAUUUGAUUCGUGUUUGGAUGUAUGAUGGAGAAGGAAAGGAGGGUGUAGCUGCUUUUUUUCCACUUGUGAGUGCCGAGAUUAGCAGGCAGUUUGGCGGGGGAGAAUGUGAUGUUGAUUCCUUAGCUGGGGUUGUUAUUGCCGAGGCAUUUUUGCUCAAAAUGUGCAUGUAUUGUCGUGUUGGGGUUCCAAGAGUGGAUUUGGAGAAAGAGUUGAGGAGUUGGGCAGUUGCUUCCAUAGCUGGGUUUCAGAACUAUUACUUUUAUGAAACUGUUGUGAAGAUGCUACUGGAGCUAGCUUUGCCUGUGACCUCCCUAUUGAGCUCUGAAGAUGAAGUUGUUCUGAGGAAAAUUCUGUACGAUGCUGUAAUAUUGGCGGAUUAUUCUUUCCUCAAUCCAGAGAGAGAGAUUAAAUUACCUGUGGAGCGCUUGCAUAGACUUGCUUUGACACAAUUGAUUGUUACACAUGAAGCUAUAGAGUUUUUAAGGGAACAUGGAGAUCGGGAAAAACCUAUAUCUUAUGUAAAUGCCUUCUCCUCUUCUCAUUUAUCUUCCCAGUUAAUUAAAUGGGUCUCAAAUCAGAUUGUCAUGGAGGGAAAAGUGAAUAGACCCAAUGGAUCAUCACCUAAAGCUCUUAUAAAGUGGCUGCUAAACCUUGAGGGUCAAGGGAUAAGAAUAUUUGAUGAUAGCAUCUCAAGAUAUCGUGCCAAACUAGUCCUCGAUAUUUCCAAAGUAGAUUAUGAGCAACCAGUAGGUAGAGCAAAUUUCAAGAAAUUGGAUGAUGAUCUCCUCUUUUAUGUUGAUAAGAAGAGGGAAGAGGAAGAUGGAAACAAGGAGGAUAAAGAGACAGAUGAUUCCAUGAGUGCUGCAUUUGUUUCUGCUGCUCGGACAAUGAAGUUGGCAGAAAAGGAUGGGGAAAGAAAACGUAAAAAAGGUAGUAGCAUUGAAAAGAAGAAACAGAUCAAGUUCCGAAAGUACAAGCUUCAUGACAAUUCUAAUUCAGAAAGAGAGUCAUCACAUUUCCAUGAUGAUGGUCUGAGUAGUGGCAGCGAGAUAGAGAAUCCACUCUCUGAUGAUGAAGAUAUGGAAGUGAAGGAGGAAUAAGAUAAACAUGGGAAACCUGGCAAAAGGACUACUCCUAGAAACCUUAUUAAUACUGCAGCUUGAUUCUUUGAUUGAAGUGUUUAUGAGGCAGUUAAAACCAGUUGUACACCAGAACUUAUGUUUCAACCAACCUGUUGUAAGCUCGGAAGAUCACGCAGAAGAAUACACACAACCUACCUAUUUAUGGUAGUGUAAUUCAGGGAUACAAGUAGGAAACUGACAAACUACUGCCAGUGUAAUUCAGCUUUGCUAUCCUCACAAAUAGUUUGCAUCUCUUCUGUUGGAUUAUUGCUGUGUAAUGGUAUGACUAUAUAGACUUCUUAUCAUAGCAUUGAGGCCUGUAUGAGCAAGCCCCCUAAUGAGAUUAAUAUUUAAUUUGAGGUGGCA